AGGGGCUCGUAAGUAAGCAUUUCACUGUAAUGUCUACACCUGUUGUAUUUGGCGAAUGUGACUAAUACAGUUUGAUUUGCUGUGAUUCUUUCAUCCCCUUCAUCUUCCACAGGAUGCUGCUGCUGCUAUUGAUAACAUGAAGGAGUCAGUUGUUUGGAAGAACCAUCCGGGUCAACAUCGCCAAACCUAUGAGGAUCAAAGAGGGCUCUUCUCGUCCAGUUUGGGCAGAUGAUGAUUGGCUGAAAAAGUUCUCGGGAACGACCGCUGAAGAGGCUGAGGUGACGGAGUCCACUGGAGAAUCAGCCAAAUCAACAACAGCAGAUGCAAGUUGUGUGUGUGUUCCUGUCGGUCUCUAGCGAGCUCCCAGCCAAGAAGGGCAGAACAAACCCCCAGGUUUACAUGGACAUCAAGAUUGGCAAUAAGCCAGCAGGGAGACUGCGCUUCCUGCUCCGAGCAGACAUUGUUCCUAUGACUGCAGAAAACUUCCGCUGCUUGUGCACACAUGAGAAGGGCUUUGGCUUCAAAGGCAGCUGUUUCUACCGUGUCAUCCCACAGUUCAUGUGUCAGGGAGGAGACUUCACCAACCACAAUGGCACUGGGGGUCAGCUCUCCAUGGAUAACUCUGGAGCAAACAGCAACGGCUCUCAGUUCUUCAUCACCUGUGACAAAACGGAUUGGCUGGAUAACAAACAUGUGGUGUUUGGAGAGUUGAUGGAGGGCAUGGAGGUGGCAAAAGCCAUGGAGGCACAAGGAACAAAAGAAGGCAAGCCCAAGCAGAAAGUGAUCAUUUCAGACUGUGGAGAGUAUGUUUAACUUGAAGCACAGAAGAGUGACUGUUGUAGCUGUGUGUGUGACUGUAUUUGUGAAAAAUAUGCAGUGUCAGACUGAAGAAUGGUAAACUGCUCAGUUUUUAUCAUGUACUACACAUGUCCAUGACUCAUCUGCUGUACAUGGAUUCUCCCUGUUCGUCCCACCUUCUCUGUAAAUUUUACAAUAAACACUUUUAUA